GUCCGGUUCGGUUGGGUGACCGGCGUGAUGAUCCGGUGCAUGCUCAACAUCUGGGGCGUGAUCCUAUAUCUCCGGCUGCCUUGGAUCACGGCCCAGGCUGGAAUAGGGCUGACAUGGCUCAUCAUCCUCAUGUCAGCUGUAGUCACCACGAUCACUGGCUUGUCCAUCUCAGCCAUCUCCACCAAUGGCAAGGUGAAGGCAGGGGGCACCUACUUCUUGAUCUCGCGCAGCCUGGGCCCCGAGCUGGGCGGAUCCAUCGGGCUGCUCUUCUCCUUUGCCAAUGCUGUGGCUGUGGCUAUGCAUGUGGUGGGCUUCGCUGAGACGGUGCGUGACCUGCUGCUGGAGUUCGACGCGGUGAUGACGGACCCCGUGAACGACAUCCGGAUCGUGGGCGUCAUCACGGUGACAGUGUUGUUGGGCAUCGCGCUGGCUGGCAUGGAGUGGGAAGCCAAGGCCCAGGUUGUCUUUUUCUUCGUCAUCAUGGUCUCCUUCAUCAACUACUUUGUGGGGACCCUGAUUCCAGCCACGGAGGAGAAGAUGUCUAAAGGCUACUUCAGCUACCGAGGGGACAUCUUCCUGGAGAACAUCGGGCCGGAGUGGCGGGGCGAAUCGGGCAACUUCUUUGGCAUGUUCUCCAUCUUCUUCCCCUCGGCCACUGGUAUCCUGGCCGGCGCCAACAUCUCAGGCGACCUCAAGGACCCCGCCGUGGCUAUCCCCAAGGGCACCCUGCUGGCCAUCUUCUGGACCACGCUCUCCUACCUGGCCAUCUCAGCUACCAUAGGGUCGUGCGUGGUGCGUGAUGCGUCCGGGAGUCUGAACGACACGCUGGGCUCCCCCAACGCCACGGACAGCUGCCUGGGCCUCGGGUGCGGCUACGGCUGGAACUUCACCGAGUGCGCCCAGGCUGGCACCUGCGAGUACGGGCUGGCCAACAACUACCAGACCAUGAGCAUGGUGUCUGGCUUCAGUCCCCUCAUCACGGCUGGGAUCUUCGCCGCUACCCUCUCCUCUGCCCUGGCCUGCCUGGUCUCAGCCCCCAAGGUCUUCCAGUGCCUGUGCCAAGAUAAGCUGUAUCCCAUCAUCGGCUUCUUCGCCAAGGGCUACGGCAAGAACAACGAGCCGCUCCGGGGCUACAUGCUCACUUUCGUCCUGGCCAUCGCCUUCAUCCUCAUCGCUGAGCUCAACACCAUCGCCCCCAUCAUCUCCAACUUCUUCCUUUGCUCCUACGCCCUCAUCAACUUCAGCUGCUUCCAUGCCACAAUCACCAACUCCCCAGGCUGGCGACCCUCUUUCCGCUACUUCAGCAAGUGGAGCGCCCUCUUUGGGGCCGUGAUCUCCGUGGUCAUCAUGUUCCUGCUGACCUGGUGGGCGGCCCUCAUUGUGGUGGGCAUUAUCCUGGUCAGCUUGGCCUACGUCAGCUACAAGAAGCCAGACGUCAACUGGGGCUCUUCUGUGCAGGCCGGGACCUACAGCAUGGCCCUGUCCUACUCCGUCAGCCUCACCCAAGUGGAGGAGCAUGUCAAGAACUUCCGCCCCCAGUGCCUGGUGCUGACGGGUCCCCCCAGCUUCCGACCAGCUCUGGUGGAUUUCGUCAGUGCCUUCACCAAGGGGGUCAGCCUCAUGAUCUGUGGGAACGUGGCUGGGGUGAGUAUGGGGAUGCCGGGGAGGCAAUCAAGGAGGUGAGAGCACGUUGAGUGGCUGAACAGGCGCAAGGUGCGAUCCUUCUACACCCUCAUCACGGCCCCGGACCUGCGCAGCGGAGCCCGCAGCCUCAUGCAGGUGUCUGGGCUGGGGCGUCUCAAACCCAACACAAUCGUGCUGGGCUACAAGCAGAACUGGCAGACGGACUCGCCCCACAACCUGGAGAACUACGUGGCCACCAUCCACGACGCGUUCGACGGCCGGGCCGGGGUGUGCGUGCUGAGGAUGAAGGACGGGCUGGAUGUGUCGCGGACGGUUCGGGCCUAUGUGAACCCCACGUUUGAGGACCCCGAGGCAGCACUGCAGGGCGAGAAGCUGAGACAGGAGUCGGGCAAUGCAGGCAGCAGCGUGAAGGUGCUGGGCGCGGACGAGCUCACUGAGACCCACUUCCAGGCCCAGCAGAAGAAGAGAUGUGUGGACGUCUACUGGCUCUUUGACGAUGGGGGGCUUACCCUGCUGGUCCCCUACCUACUGAGCCGCCGCAAGCGCUGGAGCCGCUGCCGGGUCCGGGUCUUCAUCAGCGGCCACCUGGGCAGCGCCGAGCAGCAGCGCCAGGAGAUCCAGCUGUUGCUCAGCAAGUUCCGCCUGGGUUUCAGCGAGGUACUGGUGCUGCCCCACGUGGCCUGGCAGCCGGAGGAGAGAAGCCUGAAGGAAUUUGAGGACCUGGUGGCUCCGUUCCGGCUCAACGAGGGACAGCGCAGUCCUGAGGCCACAGAGGCCCUGCGGAGGGAGACACCCUGGAAGGUUUCAGAUGAGGAUCUGCGGGUCUACAGGAAAAAGUCGGAGCAGCAGGUCCGGCUCCACGAAAUCCUGCAGGAGAAUUCCCGGAACGCCGCCCUGAUUGUCAUGAGCCUGCCUGUGGUGCGCAAGGGGGCCUGUCCCAGCGCCCUCUACAUGGCCUGGCUGGAGACCCUGUCCCGGGAUCUUCGCCCACCUGUUGCCUUCAUCCGGGGCAACCAGCAGGAUGCCCUGACCUUCUACUGCCAGUAGGGGGCACUGCUGGCUUAGCCCGAGGGAGUAGCCUGGAAACCUGGGUUCUUUCCCCAGCGGUGGACGGAUCAUGGCCCCCAGCUGGGCAGGGUGCUGAUGCUGGUGCUACCGUCUCUGCACGCUCAACUGUCCCCUCCGACGUUGCCACGGGGACUCGGAUGCCUGGGUCC